AUGGCCAACCUGGACGUGGCGGACGCCUUCCUCGCCGAGGGGGGGACAGAGUUCGCGCCGAUGAGCACUACCAGCAGCCUCGAGGUUGCCAUCGCCUACGCCCUUGGAGGCGGGAGCGGAGGUCUGCGGGGGCGGCGCGCGCUUCUGUUCAAGCUCCGCGCAAACUCGUUUAUUGACCGCGGCGCAGACCUGAGCUACUGCUCGUGCUUUGCGGCCGAGGCGGAGGCGCAUCUCUCCCCAUAUAUCACCCUAUAUCUCUUUAGCUUUGCGGCCGAGGCGGAGGCGCGCGCGUGCGUGCCACGGACGCCCCUUGUGCACACGCGGCACAAGGCAGCACACACGCAGCACGCACAGCACGGGCAGGAAGGCGCAGCGUCGGUAUGCUACCCGCCGCUCACUUUCCUCGCUCCGUCCGGGCGGCGGGAGGCGUUCGAGCACGGCGGCGUCACCUUCGAGGUCGUCGAGGUGCUGCCCUCCUUCUCGUCGUGACGGGGGAGAGGUGCCAUCGGCACGCUAGCAUCCAUCGUCCAUGCACCCUGAAUCUAGCUCUGUGAAUUUGUUUUGAAGAGGGGACUUGGGAGAACAU